AUGAUUGUCGUAUUCAAUAUAUUACAGUAUCUGCUGAUCAGCCGUCCGGUGGAAGUUCCCUACUUCUUUCCUUUGUUACUUCGAAGAAUUGCCGUUGUUGCUGUACGUUUGUUAGCUCACACUCUUGGCGAUUCUUCGAGACCGUUGGAUUUCUGUCAUAACCAAGAAGGGUAUUUGUCGAUGUAUAAGUCAGGUGAUGUGGAUCAUUUGCACUUGCGCAUGAAAGAUUCGCGGAAGCGAGACCUGGACAUGUACUGCAGCGUGAGCAUCGCCAGCACUGAUGCCGUUUCGUUGGCGCUUUGGGCAAGUUUAAAGUUUUUGAUUGUACCAUACUGGAUUGUUAACAAGUCCGGUAUUCCACUGAUUAUCAAGCAGGAGGCGACAGAGGGCCUUGCUGCUGGGCAGAUGGAGGAGCACGAACGAGCCAAGGAUCGCAAUCCGUUGAUGUUCUCAUUCGCCAACGAUAACUGCCCCAAACAGUGUUUAUUGCGCAUUGGCCAGAACUAUGCGAGAGAUCAGGGAUACGAGCCUUGUUGGGGGCCCAAGUUUCCUCUUACAGUUGGCUUGCAUUCGAUGAUUCUGCGUCUCAAUCACAGGACGCUGCCUCCACAAAUCUACAAUAUUGGUGUGGAGGUGCGUCAAGGCACUGGGCGUUAUAAGCAUACACAAGUUGUAAUGCUCACGCCACGUUACGUGCUCAGCAAUCAGACCUCUUCCGGUCUUUCGCUAAGCCACAUUGACUAUAUCAACGUACGUUUUUGUUCUACCUUCAUUUCGCUUGCCAUUUUACACAUUUUCAAACACUGA